AUGGCGUCUCCCCACGGUCUUGUGCAGUAUAUCAGGCUGAAGGCGGUGACGUCGCUCCUGCGCCUGCUCACCUACGUCUUUACGCGCUCUCACUUCCGACCGUCCGCGACGUGUAAGCGCAAGGAGGUGCGCAUACCGUCACGAGAGAAGGGUCGCUUCAUCAAGGCUUGGAUUUACUACCCGCCCAACUACGACGAAAGUGGCGAGCCCCGAGGCCUCGUCGUCAACUGGCAUGGAGGCGGAUACAUCAUCCCAAACUUGGGAAUGGACCACGCCUUCUGCGAGCGGGUGGCACGCGACGCCGACCUUCUCGUGCUGGACGCCGAUUACCAGAAAGCACCGGAGCGGCCCUUCCCCGCUGCUGUUGAGGACGCCGAGGACGUGCUGAGAUGGGUCGAGAGCCAGAAGCGCCUCUUCGACGUCGACCGUGUCGCGCUCUCCGGGUUCAGCUCUGGCGGCAACCUGGCGCUGGUGGCGGCGUCCGAACUGCGACGCGACUUCAAGAACAUCAACGCCCGGGCAGUUUACGCAUUCUACCCGGGCGUUGACUUCAACAUACCCGCAGAGGACCGGGUGGUCCCGGAACCCAUCGAGCCGCUGCCCAUCUGGUUCCAGCGCUUCUUCACCGACUGCUACGUCCCUCGACUCGAGGACCGGACGUCGCCCAGGGCCUCGCCAAUGCACGCUGAUGCAUCGUCGUUUCCCGCGCUCACUCUCCUCUUUGUGUGCUCUGGGGAUAUCCUGGCACCGGAAACAGAGGCCCUCGGACGAAAGCUGGAGUUGGCUGGGCGAAGCGUCGAGGUCGUCAAGGUGGAAGGUGUCGCGCACGGGUUCGACAAGACGAUCAAGCCGAAUCUGCACAGCCCUGAGAAGACGGAAAUGACGUACUCCAAGGUUGUCGAGAGCCUGAAGGCUGUCAUGAGGACAGGUUGA